AUGUCUACAAUGCCAGCAACUCAUGGCCACAGCCAGGCCUGCUGCAACAUCCCUCCUGUUGUUUCAUUGGACUAUGUCCCUAAGGGCUUGUAUGAGGAACUUGGUGGAAUGAAAACUUAUGUGACCGGCCCAGAGGAAGCUACCAGAGGAAUUGUCGCUGUUUUUGACAUCUUCGGCUACUUUGAUCAAACUCUGCAGGGUGCUGAUAUCCUGGCAACGAGUGAUCAUCACCAAAAGUACAAGGUGUUCAUGCCUGACUGGUUCAAUGGCAGCCCAUGCCCUGCUGAGUGGUACCCUCCCAAUACUGAACAGAAACAGAAGCACUUGGGUGAGUGGUUUGGUAGAAACAUGCCGCAAGGUCCUGCGGCUGCACUGCCUGGUUAUAUUGCCGCCCUCAAGGCUGCGAAUCCUUCUAUCAACUCAUGGGGACUUAUCGGGUACUGCUGGGGAGGUAAAGUUGCUGAGCUCGUGACUGCUAGCGAGGACAACCCGUUCAAGGUGGCUGCCGCCUGCCACCCAGCGAUGGUUGAUCCCUCCGGCGCGGAGAAAAUUCCAGUGCCGUAUAUUCUACUGGCAUCCGGGGAAGAAUCCGCUGAAGAUGUCAAGGAAUUUCAAAACAACCUGAGAGUGCCUAACCAUGUGGAGACUUUUGAGGAUCAAGUCCAUGGUUGGAUGGCUGCUCGUGCUGAUCUUUCUAAUCCCCGUGUACAGGAGGAGUAUAGUCGAGGCUAUAAGACUGUGCUGGAAUUCUUUGGCAAGCACUGG